AUGGGCGAUCGUGAAGUUCAACGACGUCGAUCUCGUUCCAGAUCUCCCCGAGGUAAGAUGACCUCCAUCAAAGGACCUGAUUCAUCAAAUGAACUCUGAAUUAGGUGUGUUUGCAUGCGAAAACGGUUAUAACAAAUGUUUUUAAGAUUCCUAUUCGUAUUCACCAUGCACUUGAUGGAGAAGGUUCUUUGGUCGGUUUUUAUUGCAUUUUGCUUUGAUUUUUAGGUGGAUAACGCUGCCAGGGUUUUCCACGAACGCCGAGGACAAUACGUUUUUUGUUUUCAGAACGCCGGCGAUCACCGGAACGUCGGAGAAGCCGAAGUCCGCGGAGAAGAAGCAGAUCACCGAGAAAUCGUCGAGACGAUCGAACCAGACGUCGUUCACCCGAUAAGACUGGACGUAGAGGUCGAGACGAUCGUGCAACAGAGAAGAGAGACAGAAGGAGUCGAUCAAAGGAACGGGAGAGGUCGGAUAAGCGAAAGGAUCGGCCAAAGGAAAGUAUGUAUAACAUCUUUGAAUUUUUUUCAUUUUUAGUUCCAAAAACUAUCAAUUCAUUGUUUAUUUCCAACCUCUACUCCUUUCAGGUGCAUCUCUUGAGGAAGCGGCGACAAUUUCCGAGGAAGAUCUAAUGAAACAAAUGGGAUUCGCUGGGUUCGAUACGACCAAGAACAAGAAAGUUGAAGGAAACGUUGGAGGAGCAGCUAAAGUACACAAAGUCCGCAAAUACCGCCAGUACAUGAACAGAAAAGGCGGUUUCAAUCGGCCAUUGGAUUACAUUGCCUGA